UAGGUAGUGCGAGAUAGUGCAGUAUAUGUCUAGUGUUUCGAAUGAAUUUUUGUUUUUUUGUUUUUUGAAAAAUCAAGGCCUGAGACUUAUUACGCAUUACUUUAACUGGGUUUUCUCAUUGCCUCAAGCUAAUCAGAACCCCUUGUAUUCGUCCAAGACAAGGAGUCGACUAUAGAAAACUGAAGAUUACAACGUAGAGCACCGCAACCACAAUACUACAAGCGCAAGAAUAAAAAUUGAUACUUUUGAUGUUUGCGCUCAAGUGCUUCCGUCGUAGAUAAAACAAACAAACAAAAAAAUCCAAAGUCGAAUCAAAGCCAGGGAACUGUAUUCAAACGCACUGAGAAUUAAAGGACAAAGCAGAGAUUGGAGCUUCCAAGUUACACUGAAAUAGAUUUUACCAUGAGAAGACUACUUGUUCUGCUGGCCUGCGUACGUCUGUUUGGCAGAAACAUCGUCGUUUUCGCAUUAGAUGAUAAUCUACCUUUCAAGAUUUCUACACAUGCUUACAACACAGAACCACGAUUGUCGGUGAAAAUACCAGGAGAUCUAUUGCUCGGAGGGUUGUUUUCUGUUCAUGCAAAGGGCGACGAUUCGUCCUGUGGAAAACUGAACGAAGAGGUUGGGAUUCACCGGCUCGAGGCGAUGCUAUUUGCUCUAGAUAUGAUGAACCAAGACAAGAAUCUUCUUCCAAACAUUUCAGUUGGUGUUGAUAUCCGUGACGACUGUGAGACGGUCAAUACUGGACUGGAACAAUGUCUAAACUUCCUCUUGGAAUCCUUGCGCAACAAACAGGAGAUCUGCAGCAGAAAUGAACCACCUGAUGUCAACACAGGACCUAUAUUAGUGGGGGUCGUUGGUCCAGCGUACAGCUCACUGGCCAUUCAGGUUGCUAGUCUACUUCGACUAUUCCACGUACCCCAGAUCAGUUACUCGGCAACAAGCUCUGAACUAAGCGACAAAAACAGGUUUGACUACUUUGUUCGUACGGUACCACCUGACUCGUUCCAGGCCCAAGCCAUUGUGGACAUCAUCCACAGUAUGAACUGGUCAGCAGUUUAUGCUAUAAACUCACUUGGGAGUUACGGUGAAGGUGGUAUGCGUAGCUUCGAGAAGUUUGCACUCAGUUCAAACAUAUGCACUGUUUAUCAGUACCAAUUAGAAAGCAAUAUGAAGCCCGAAGACUAUGAUAAAUUGAUCAAAAACUUCCUAAGGAAACCCGACGUGCGUGUGGUCGUCUUGUUUUGCGCCAGCGAUGAUAUCCGCGCCGUCUUGUCAGCGGCCAAGCGCCAAAAUCGAAACAAACAUUUUAUUUGGCUGGCUUCGGAUUUUUGGGGAUCCAAGUUUAUACAUCUUCGUGGUUUAGAAGACGUGGCUAAUGGUGCUAUUUCGAUAGAACUAAAAACUAAACGUCAACGCCUUACACCGUUUUAUGACUACUUCUUUUCGUUGAAGCCUGAGAACAAUACUCGAAAUCCUUGGUUUAAGGAAUACUGGGAAAACCACUUCCGGUGUAGGCUAAGUAAUACUUCCGAUGUACCAUUUACUAGACGUUGCCAUGGCAAUGAAUCCGACAUUUCUCGUGAACAUUAUGAUUCUAAGGUUUCUUUUGUAAUUGAUGCGGUGUUUGCGUUUGGGCAUGCGCUGAAUAGUUUACAUCAAGACGCCUGUGGCGGAAAACCAGGAAUAUGUGACAACAUGAGGCGCACGUCACGCACUCAGCAUAUGUCGUAUUUGUAUAACGUGACAUUUAAUGGUACUAAUGGGCAAGUUGGAUUUGACAAGAAUGGGGACACCAAAGGACGGUACGAUAUCUUGCAAUUUAGGGAAAAUGUUGGCGGACAGUCUGGAAUUUACUAUCGAAUUGGAAGUUGGAUCGAAGGAGAUCUUACGUUGGACGGUGACAAAAUGUCAUCUUACAACGACUCUAAUUGUGGAGUACCAUGUAAACCAGGGCAUAUACGGCGCAUGCUUGAAGUCAAAUGCUGCUGGACCUGCGUACCUUGUAAAAAGGACGAAUACCUAACAGAUGAUUACACUUGUACCCAGUGCCCUCCUGGACAGAAGCCUAAUUCAACGUUCCAAGGCUGUGACCAUUUACCGAUAAAGUAUUUAAGCCUUACGUGGGUGGUGAUCAUAAUCAUUGCAGCUAGUAUUGGUCUUUUUGCCACACUCUUUGUAAUCGCUCUCUUUAUCAAGUUCAUGAGGACGCCACUGAUAAUGGCGGCUGGGAGGGAACUGUCUGCUGUUCUUUUAAUCGGCAUCACACUUUGUUACUCGAUAUCUUUUGUAUUGAUCUUAGAACCAACCACUUCUACUUGUAUUUUUCGUCGAUUUGGAACCGGUUUUGCCUUUUGCUUAUGCUAUGCAUCCUUAUUGGUCAGGACAAAUCGAAUAGCCCGGAUCUUCAGGGGAACCAAGUCUCCCUCGUUCAUAAGUCCAAAGUCCCAACUCAUCAUCACCGCGCUUAUCCUCUCUCCUCAGAUCGCUAUAGCUUUGGUCGAGCUAUUUGUAAUUAAACCAAAAAUUCAGUACUCAUAUGGGAAUAGUGAGUACGUUGUUAUAACAUGUGGGGUCCAGACAUUCACGGUCAUCUUUCAAUUAUCCUACAGUGGAAUCCUCAUUGUACUAUGUACGUACUAUGCCUUCAAGACUAGGAAAACUCCGCUCAACUUCAACGAAGCGAAAUUCAUUGGUUUUUGUAUGUACACCACGUGUGUAAUCUGGAUCGCUUUCCUCCCAAUGUAUUAUGGGAUGGGAGGGGAUUACGAAACGAUUGCAAUCUGUUGCAGCAUGAUUCUCAGCGCUACUACCAUUCUCGUGUUUAUUUUCGUACCCAAAGUGUACAUUGUCUUGUUUAAGCCAGAGAAAAACUUGAAAAGUAACUCUAGGCUCAGGUCGAGAACUAAAUCUUUGGAAUGUGCGGGAAAUGAUACGAUAAACUCAGACAGUCAAGAAGGGUCACCAAAAUUUAACAAAGCCAUUUCCAGCCACUCACCAGCUGUCAUCAGGUCAUCUUCACCUGGAAGCAUAAAUAGUAGCAGUACCAAUUUUGAUUUUAAAACAUUGCAAGUCUCCUUUGAUCGGAAUUGUGAAGAGAAAGACGCAGGGAUUCGUCUUUGAGGUCGAAAGACUUCUGGGUGAAAGGUGGACAGGAAACACGAGUUGAAGAAAUUCUCGUGUCAUUGUCUCUUUAAAAUGUUUCUAACAAAAUUAUAACGUAAGUUUUUGCUGAAUAGUUCCUUUAACAGUUCCCGCAGUUGGCGCAGUGCGCCAUCUUGAAAGGUAGCCGAGACGAACGGCGAGCUUGCAAUAAUAGAGACAUGUGAAUAAUUAUUGUCCAAGGUGUUAAAAAAGGUUUCUAUCAUUGCAAGUUCACCUCUCGUCUCGCUUCGAUCAAAGGCACACCUUUCAAGAUGGCGCAGGGAACUGUGAAGGGGACUAUUUGCAGGGGACGCGAGACGGCCAGCAAUGCCUUUUAAUAUAAUGCCCAAAUUAGGCCCUGCAACCCGAUGUACCAUGCAGUCAGCGGCCUUCCAAGUCUUCCUUUUAACCUUCAAAAUGACGACGUUUCAUGCCUAGUGACCAAGAACCACUGGUUAUGACAUGAUAUAAUUAUUUCAUAGUUAUCAAUUUAAGAAACUUUUAUUGUAAAUUUUCUCAAAGAUUUAAUACCAUUAUUAUUCAAAUACUAAAAUAUAUUACCUGUAAAUAUUUAAGGGAGAUUUACAUUCGUUUUUUUAAGAAAACUUUUGUAAAUUUUGUAAAUUUUGUCAAAGAUAUAAUACCAUUAUUAAUCAAAUACUAAAAUAUAUUACCUGUAAAUAUUUAAGGGAGGUUUCCUAUUCGUUUUUUGACGAAAGCUGUACAAACUAGCUGAUUCGAAAGUCAAAUUAAAAAAAGGUAAUGAAAAUGGUAAUUGAAUUUGGUAUCCCAUGAUUAACAUUUAUUAUUACUAUUAACACUUAACAAUUAUUCGGGGAAUAUUUACCAAGGCGCGAGUCUUCGAGUGGCGAGGUAGAUUUUCCACGAUAUUCACUGAGCCUGAGGCGAACAAUCGCUUUAGUGUUUUUAACCCAUGUGAAUUUAAUAAAUAACGGAGGUUUUUUUCGUUCAAAUUAUAUUUAUCUUUGGAAGCAGCACAAAUCGACAAACCUGUAGGUAAAUACAGUAUAACUUAUAAGACGUAAAUUGUGACCAAUUAGCGCGCGGGAUUAUUAUAUUCACUUGUGUAAAAAUACUUAUAUCUUAGAUAAAGCCAAAGUCCACAGAAAAGUGCAGGAGAUCUUUGGACUUAUUUUUAUACAAUGAGGGCACAAUCCGGUUUCAGAUUUCCGACCGACAACGUUUUUUGAAAUAGGCGUUAAGUCAGUACGCUAAUGUGAUUCGGUAUCCCAUCAGGCCAAAGACAAAAGUACCAAUCUUAUGAAAUAACCUAUCAGACCUGUACUAGGAAUAGAGGUUUUGAACCAUCACGUGCUCAUACAAUAAUACUGCUUGGCCAGAUGGCAGAACAACAAAAUCCCUUUGCUCUCGGGAAUUGAAUUAUUUCUCACAUCAAACUUUACUCUAUAUGUAGAAGUUGGAAGUGUCGAAGUUGGAGGUAGAGAAAGCUCACUUCAUAUAUGGUAUGAUCAAUUCCAUAUUUGGAUUGUGCGGAAAAGCGGCAAAC